AUGAAUAAUUCUUAAAAAAGUAAGUCUGUUCGAUCAGGUUCGGCAAGAGUGAGAUCAGCGAUUGAAAGAGCUGGGUUGCUUUAACAAAGAGAGCAAUUACGCGAAAUGUUAAUCAACAAAUUCAGCAAGGAUUAUGCUUAAGGAAAUAAAAGCAAAGAAGCUCUAAUUUAAUAAAUAGUUAAUGAAUACUUUACAAAUGAAUAAGUUACUGAAACCUCUUUAAAGUAGUUGAAAGCAAGAGUAAUUGAAGCAGUGUAAAAAUAAAAGGGUUUAAGUCAAACAUAGCAUGUAGCCUAAAAUAAUAAUAAUUCUCAAUUUGACAAUAAAAGCGAAUAGAGAUCAUAAAUUCCUAGACCAUAAUCAGUCAAAAAUUCAGUAAAAUCUGAACUUGAUCAAGAUUAAUAUUCUGUAACGUCUUCUCAAUUUGAAAAACAACCAAAAUCUGUCUAUGUAGUCGAUGAAGAAGAUGAAUGGGCUGCAUUAGUUAAAUUCGACACAGAACUUCAUUCUAAGGAGCAGCAGCUUGAGUAACAGAGGCAGCAAGAGUUUAAGAAAAAAAUGAAGGCAGAAUUAGAUAGACAGUUAGAGGAAAAGAAAAGAAGAAUAGAAAUAGAGAAAAGACAAGAGGAUGCUUAUGUCAAAUUAAGAGAUUUUUAGAUGGAUGUUUAUGAUUAAAGGGAAGAGCAAAAGAAGAGAGAGAUAGCCAAAAAAUAAUAAUUGGAAAAAGAACAAAGAGAUCGAUAAGUAAGAGAAGAAGAAAAAAGGAAGUUCUUAGAGAAAAAGAAAUAAUAGGAGUUGGAUGCAAUUUUAGUUUAAAGGAUUCAAGAAGAAUUGAAAUAAGAAUAAAGAGAGGCCUUAUAAAAAAAGGAUAUGGAGAAGAGGAAAUUUGUGGAAAUGAUGGAAGAAAAUGAAAAAAAUAGAUAAAAAUAAUUAAAUGAUGAAAUAACAGACAAGCAAUUAGAAGUUGAUAUGCAAAGGAAAUACAUCUAGUUGCAAUAGAAAUUAGAGGAAGAAAGGGAGAUGGAGAAAAAAGAAAGAGAAGACAAAAUUAAAAAGAUAAUGAGUGAUUUUUCAUAGACAGUUGUGAAGAAUCAGAAAGAUUAGAUAAAGGCUGAGGAUGAUAAAAUGAUGAAGGCUAUAUUAAUGUAAAAUGAAAUUGAGUAGUAAGAUGAAGAGAUUAAAAAAAGACAAAUCAAAUCGCAAUAGUAAGAUAUGAGAAAGUAUUUAAUAAAGCAGAUGGAGGAUAAGAAAUAGAGGCUUAAGGAAGAAGAAGAAUUGAAUAAGAAACAAGCUUAAGUUUGGCAACAGGAUUUGCAGACAUUCCAAUAACAUGAGAAAUCCAAAUAUGAUUAUAUAAAGGAUGUCAAUGUCAAACAUUAAGAAAUCUUAAAGCAACAAAUGGAUGAGAGAAAAUAACAGUCAGAGACCAAAAAGUAAAAUGAACAAUGA